GUUUGACAUACGUUCAUCUUAUCAGAUAAUUUUUUCGAAAAGAAGAAAGCCUCGCGGUAUGACUAUAAAUUCAAAUGACCUACACCUCAAAAACUCCAUUUUCGGCGCUGGUCUUACUCUUGAGGCUCUACAAACACAACUGGACUCUGUUUCCGUUCCGUAUACGGAUGUAGACUGUAGAACGUGCCCGAACCCCUGUGAUGAAGGUCACGAAUCGUAUCCAAACAAAUUCAGUGUUGACAUGGAGUCCACAAUGUUCGGCAGUGUGAAACCAUAUCACCGACAGAUUGUCAUUUCCACCGGCAAAAUGGAUUGGGACCGAGAAAUCACGUCUACGAAAAAUUCUCUCGCCGCUCACGUCCAGCACGUUAUUCAUAAUACCCCUAUGUCUGUUUCACCCUCAGGUGCAGAGAUAAAGAGCAAACGUGUCAACCAUGUCUCCGGCGUGUUCAACUCUUCUGACUCCAACAAGCUUUCAAUAUUGAACGGCAGUCAUCAUACAAUCAGCGACAACCCCGAGUAUGAAACUGUUCUUGUCUUCCCUGACUACAUAAUGGUCACUGAGGUUCCUCGUUCCCUGGACGGAGCCAAGGCUCUCUGGGAUGCAGCUCUCGCACCCAGUGUCUCUAUCCUACCUCCCGUGCACGAAAAAGGCAACCUCAGUAGCUGGAUAAUUCCGUACUCUUGCGUGAUUCUGUUGUGUUCGCACAAACGACGCGACAAUAGGUGCCACAUUGCUGCGGCACAAUUGGGCCAGGCAUUUACCCAUUCAUUGGAAGACCAUGGCUGGACAGUAGACACGGAAAUUGAACACCCAUUGCAUACGAUGGGUCCUCCUCUAGAAAAACUCCAGGGCACAGAAGCGGAGAAUGAGGAGUGUACAACGAGACAAUUCCAAGAGAUUGCAUCGGAAAAGCGAGCUCUCAUCCUGCGCAACUCUCACACCGGAGGCCACCGCUACGCCGGUAAUUGUAUAAUUUACACGCCCCAAGGCUCGGGUGUCUGGUAUGGACGAGUAUCCACGCACGAAGUUGAAUCCAUUGUCUCCCAAACGCUGGAAGAAGGGCUGGUCCUCCCACCAUUGCUCCGAGGAGGAAUGAACAUCUCACGACCCGGAUGCAUGUCGCUCAACGAUUGGUAGAGCUUCUGGCUACUGAUAGAUCCUUGGUGGGGCCUGUGAGCUCGAUGGAAUUUCAGAUUCGGACCGGCGAAAUUUUCUGCGUUCCUGAAGGUUAAAAACCGAGCACGGAUUGUGUUACCUAGCAUCGAUUUCGGUUUCGGAAACGACGGGAAUAUCCGUAUGUAGACGGUUCAGACCCUUUGUGUGCUUCUAUAUGUCGCGGAAGGUUAAAGGUAAAGUUAUGGGUAAUCGUUUAAUGUGUAGCUUUUAAAAUAUAGCUGAUAGCUUCCCGAUAAUGUUUUAUAGUACUGUACUUUUAUCGUUUUCUUUCAUUCAAUCCUAGAUUUAUGUCCUUGGUAUCGCCGACACUUUCCAAUCGCAUGCUCUAGAUUAUGGU